AUGCCUUAUAACUUACGCCAAAAGUCGAAGCCAGUUGUCAACAUGAGUCCAAUCGAGGUCGAAGACAAUACGAUGACUCUUCUGGAGGAGUUGAAGACCGUGAUGGACACCACGACAAGGCUGUACAUCUUGACCCCAUCGCUCUCCGUUGGAAUCCUCGAGACUGCUCUAUCUACCCUGCAUCCCGCUCUAAGAUUACCUUUCCAGAAGGUCCUCAUGGGAAGCAAGAUGAGCUCUUACGCGCCCUCGUCGCCGAUAUGCUCCCUGCAACCUUUGGCAAGGCCGGAAAGGACGUAUAUGAUGAGAAAUAUCGCAAGGCGCUGA